AUGGUGGUGGCACCACCCACCGCCACCGCCACCACCACACCCGCUGCCACCGUCACGGCCACUGUCGUGAUGACCACGGCCACCAUGGACCUGCGGGACUGGCUUUUCCUCUGCUACGGGCUCAUCGCCUUCCUGACGGAGGUCAUCGACAGCACCACCUGCCCCUCUGUGUGCCGCUGUGACAACGGCUUCAUCUACUGCAACGACCGGGGCCUCACCUCCAUCCCCACCGACAUCCCUGACGACGCCACCACCCUCUACCUGCAGAACAACCAGAUCAACAACGCCGGCAUCCCCCAGGACCUCAAGACCAAGGUCAGCGUGCAGGUCAUCUACCUGUAUGAGAACGACCUGGACGAGUUCCCCAUCAACCUGCCGCGCUCGCUGCGGGAGCUGCACCUGCAGGACAACAACGUGCGCGCCAUCGCCCGGGACUCGCUGGCCCGUCUCCCGCUGCUGGAGAAGCUGCACCUGGACGACAACUCCGUGUCCACCGUCAGCAUCGAGGAGGACGCCUUCGCCGACAGCAAGCGGCUCAAGCUGCUGUUCCUGAGCCGGAACCACCUGAGCAGCAUACCCUCGGGGCUGCCCCGCACGCUGGAGGAGCUGCGGCUGGACGACAACCGGAUCUCCACCAUCCCGCUGCACGCCUUCAAGGGCCUCCACAGCCUCCGGCGCCUGGUGCUCGACGGCAACCUGCUGGCCAACCAGCGCAUCGCCGACGACACGUUCAGCCGCCUGCAGAACCUCACCGAGCUGUCGCUGGUGCGCAACUCCCUGGCCGCCCCGCCGCUCAGCCUGCCCAGUGCGCACCUGCAGAAGCUGUACCUUCAGGACAACGCCAUCAGCCACAUCCCCUCCAACGCGCUGGCCAAGAUGCACCAACUCGAGCGCCUGGACCUGUCUAACAACAACCUUACCACGCUGCCCCGCGGCCUCUUCGACGACCUGGAGAGCCUGGCCCAGCUGCUGCUGCGGAACAAUCCCUGGUUCUGCGGCUGUAACCUCCUGUGGCUGCGGGACUGGGUGAAGGCGCGGGCGGCCGUGGUCAACGUGCGGGGCCUCAUGUGCCAGGGCCCCGAGAAGGUCCGGGGCAUGGCCAUCAAGGACAUCACCAGCGAGAUGGACGAGUGCUUCGAGACGGGGCCCCAGGGAGGCGCAGCCAACGCGGCUGCCAAGACCACGGCCAGUGACCGCGCCUUGGCCACCACACCCCAGGGCUCCCUCUUCACCCUCAAGGCCAAGAGGCCAGGGCUGCGCCUCCCUGACUCCAACCUUGACUACCCCGUGGCCACGGGCGAGGGCGCCAAGACCCUGGUCAUCCACGUGAAGCCCCUGACGGCAGACUCCAUCCGCAUCACGUGGAAGGCCACGCUCCCGGCCUCCUCCUUCCGGCUCAGCUGGCUACGCCUGGGCCACAGUCCCGCCGUGGGCUCCAUCACGGAGACCCUGGUGCAGGGGGACAAGACAGAGUAUCUGCUGACGGCGCUGGAGCCCAAGUCCACCUAUGUCAUCUGCCUGGUCACCAUGGAGACCGGCAACGCCUAUGUGGCCGAUGAGACGCCGGUGUGCGCCAAGGCCGAGACGGCAGACAGCUACGGCCCCACCACCACGCUCAACCAGGAGCAGAACGCUGACCCCAUGGCGGGCCUGCCCCUGGCGGGCAUCAUUGGCGGGGCCGUGGCCCUCGUCUUCCUCUUCCUGGUCCUGGGGGCCAUCUGCUGGUACGUGCACCGGGCUGGGGAGCUGCUGACCCGGGACCGGGCCUACAAUCGGGGCAGCCGGAAAAAGGACGACUAUAUGGAGUCCGGGACCAAGAAGGAUAACUCCAUCCUGGAAAUCCGCGGCCCUGGGCUGCAGAUGUUGCCCAUUAACCCUUACCGCGCCAAAGAGGAGUACGUGGUCCACACCAUCUUCCCCUCCAACGGCAGCAGCCUCUGCAAAGCCACACACACCAUCGGUUACGGCACCACCCGGGGCUACCGGGACGGUGGCAUCCCCGACGUAGAGUACACGUACACAUGA